AGAGAGGGAAAGAGAGAGAGAGAGAAAAAAAGAAACGACAGCGCGAUGGGGGCAAAAAACACGGCAACGUCCAACCAAUCGCGCCGCGCAGCUGCAGCUGUCUCGCGUUUUGCAGUUUUCGCGUUUUGUUUUUCAUUUGUUAUUUUUUGGGACGAUGUCGUUUUCUUUAUUUAGUUAAUGCGUAUCGGUGCGUAUUAUUUUUUUCACCUCCCUGGGAUCUUCAUUCGUUAUUUUCUCACGACCAACUUUUUCUCUCCUGCAAAUUUUUUUUUGCAAGACCUGACAGACUAUAUCUGACAGGCGUGUGCGGUGUGUAUGGACGUACAUCGCCGAAUUAUUUGGAUUUGCAAAGUUUGUGCUGACGAAGACCUAUAGCUAUAUCUGCAACUUCGGAGUAAGUGGAAGUCAUUUUACCCAGUGGACUACCACCUAAUGCACACAGAAUGACACUCUUUAUGUGAGCUCCUACAUGUCGAGAAGUUGUUUUUCCCCGUUAUGCGUCGUGUGAUGGAUGGACGUCUGUGCAUUGAGUGGUAGGGAGCUCGUCAAACAUUCAGCGCUCACCACAAGUUCGGACGCUGGAUGAUGGCCGGGCCGCUUUCACAACUGCUUCCCCCGGACCUGCCCACUGCCGGAGCUAGCCCGCAGUUUGGGAGCACUAGCCAGGCAGGCAGCGGUGGACACAUGAGCCCCGUGGCUAAUCUUAAAUCCCUGUUGCAGUUCCCAAUGAAGGCCGAUCCGCGCUUCAAAGGCUGCUGUGACAUAAAGGAUAAGGACAGGCUGGAUGCUGCUGAAGACCCGGUGGGACACUGCCCCGCCCGUAGCAGAACGGCCAGCGGCCUCGUCCCAGAUGGCAGCGGCACAGGCGUGGCUGGCUUCCCCGGCGCCAACAGCAAUGGUUUCCUGGGCCCGUCGCCGUGGGAGCGGUCUCUGCAGUGCGAUGGCAGCCUCUUCCAGCUGCAGUACAUGGACCUGGAGGAGUUUCUGACCGAGAACAGCAUGGGCGGAGCCAGCGGAGCGGGCGGAGCCUCCAGCUCGUCUGCCGCCGCCCAGGUCCCCUCACAGAGCUCGCAGUCCGCCGUCCCUAACCAGAGUGCCCAGUGCCCCAACGCCUCACCCCCAUCCUGCUCCUCCUCCUCACCCGUAUCAGCGCACAGUUCCUCGCCGCCCUCGCUGCUCGGCCUGGACGUGCACGCAUCGCCGAGCAUGCUGGGAGUCGCCGGCUCCCUGCACGGCCCUUAUCAGAGGACGGGAAUGAACUGUCCAGGAAGGAAUCAAGGCGCCAGAAUGAUAUGUGGCCGUCUGGGUUCCACUGCACACGGCGCCCCCCAGGGCAGCCUGGAGCCCACGCCCUCCACCACCUCCUGCCCGCCGAUCCCGGCCCCUCCCGGACCUGCCAGUGGUGACCUCCUGGCGCCCUUCGACCCAGACCCCCCCGACGUGGCCCUGCCGAGCAUCCCGGGUCGGGAAGCGUUCGACCCACGACGCCACUGCUUCAGCGAGGGCGAGCUCCGACCGCAGCCCAUGGUGAAAAAAGCCCGCAAGACGCUGGUGCCCGACAGCCUGAAGGACGAGAAAUACUGGAGCCGGCGCUCGAAAAACAACGAGGCGGCGAAGCGCUCGCGAGACGCCCGGCGGCUGAAGGAGAACCAGAUCUCGGUGCGCGCCGCCUUCCUGGAGCGGGAGAACGCCGCGCUGCGGCAGGAGGUGGCCGACAUGCGCAAGGAGCUCGGCCGCUGUCGCAACAUCCUGCACAAGUAUGAGAGUCGCCAUGGCGACCAGUGAGGAAGAGGAGGGCGCGAGGAGGAGGGAAGGGGGGGGAGGGGCCCGCGCGCAGGCGGCUGGACACGCGGAAGGACGACAGUGACGAGCCGAUACGCUUGGAGAGAGAGAGAGGAAGUAGAGACGUGGACAGAGAGCGCGUGACACAGGGACUUCGACACAAAGGCCUGGUUUUACCUCCCAGGGUGAACAAGAACGUUUCUGCUCCUGAUAAGAAAUUAAAUGUUGGCUUUGGGUGACGUGUUUUUGAUAAUGGAGAGAAAUGUAUAUUUUUAUAUGAAAAGAGCUGAUAUUUUCUGUAAUAAUGGCAGGGCCGUUUGAGACAUAGAGGAGGCGUGUAGAAAUACGGCAGGAACUUGGAAUUGUAUUAAACUGGUAUGCGAUAUGCCAUCAGCACUUAAUGAGGACUGGAGAGAGGAAUUCUAAAAGAUGAGAGGGAGAGAUGGGACUCCGGGGUUAGGACUUCGUUGGAUUUGAGGAAUGUUGGAGUAACAGGAGGGAAAAAUGAUUUUAAAUUGUUUUUAAAAUUUUAUAUAUAUAUAUAUAUAUAUAUAAAAUAAAUAAAUGGAUUCAAUCAAGCAUUUACCUGUGCGUAAAGGAAGAGGCCAAGCCAGAGAGCGUUAAGAGAUUCCACAGGGAGAAGCAACAACAGACCUUUGUUCGUUUUCAGGAGGACUGACUUUUGAAUUCCAACUCGUAUGUGGUCAGUAGUUCCAAAAGGGUGGGAGCGUUAUUGGAUUUUGGCUUUUGUGUGUGUGUGGUAGUUGUAAUGAGGGGAAGGAGAGAGUGAGCAAGAACAAGAUGGAUUGUGAUAUUUAAGAUUUGCUCUUUCACGCAUGAACCACUUUUCUUUCUUUCUUUAAACCAUGUUUGUGUUUAGUGUUGACCGUAGAAUGAGUCUUUACACAUGUGCUCACUUUCCUUUCUUCGUUGGUACUGGGACACAGACAUCUUGUUCCAUCCUCUCUCCCACACAGCUUAACACUACAGUAGACAUCCAGGUUUUCAGUUCCUACAGUACAGUCACCAUAACUGGGGGUGCCACAGUGUUUAAAUCCCUGGUGUACUUGAACCUUCUGCAGAAACUAUCCUUGCUGUGCAAAGCAUAGAUCUGUACUACAUCGAUACAAAAUUGCCCCUACUGGGUUGUAUAGAAAAUACUGUCUGUAUUGUACCCAGGUAUAUGGUGUAUUUUUAAAACAGGUUUGCAUGUGGACAUUUUAGAAUGAUUGUGCUUUUACAGGUGUUCCUGGGUUUCCUGUCUCCAUUUUACUAGGAUGAUGCUGGGUUUUGCGACUGACUGACAGCAGUAGUAAAUGCCUGCAGCCCCAGUGACUACAGAGUGGCUCACGGAGCCUCGGUUGUUACAGUCCUGGGCAUCCCAGCCUAGUUGCUUCUGCAGCUGGGAGGCCUCUGGUGCACGACCCGCGACUCCAGACGCCUCUAAUCUUGAGUUCUUACUUCUAUUCCAUACGUUUCUUUCUUCAAAAAGCCUUUUUAGAUAUUUGAAUUCUUAUUGAUCUAUGAUUGUUAGUACUAGUACUUUUAAUAUGCUAAAACUUUUUGUUCUUGUUUAGUUUCACUGUUUUUCUUUCUGAAGUUUCUAUGAGGUGAUAGUGUCCUCACGUGUGCGGAUUUCAUGCCACUUCCUCUGUGAGAGGAAGUGUUGUCAUGGAAGCCAGGUGGAUUUGUGCUGAAGAACCUCUGAGACAAAUACGAACUGAUCUGUUGCCAGUGGUGACCACAAACUGUUUUCCUAUGGAGGAACUGAACCACAUUUUUUUUUUUAAAUUACUGUUUCUAGACGAUCAUAAAAAUCUGCUUACACAUUCCAUUCAUUGUUUUAUUUCUUCUUUUAUUUUUGGGGAUUUUAUUUUGGAUGGAUCUGUGUCUUUGAGCACUGCAUCAAUUUUGCUUAGUGCCAGCUGUUUUCUCACUGGUGACCAUGUGAUUCCCCAGCUGGAUUUUGGGUAACGUAGUUCUUACUUUCCACCCUUUCACUGUAAGGAUGGUUAUCAGCAUCUUCUAUUUGUGACUCCUGUUCUCUGAAUUCCACCUACCCUAAUAAAUCAACGACCACACUGCUCCUAGCCAAAGUACUGCAGGGGAAUGUAGUCUUUUCUCUGAAAACACAAAUAAACAAUUGUUAUUAUUUACCAAA